GCAACAUCCAUCAUGCUUGCAAGCUCUCCCAAGGAGAGCUACAACUACGCAGACGACACUUUAAUUCCCUCUCACUCGCUGUUGGAUGUUCUACCCGUCGAAAUCACCAUUCAAAUACUGCAACGUCUCUCUUGUCGGGAAAUCUUGCGUUGCAGUUUAGCGUGCAAAGCGCUUCGGACGAUCAUUCAAGUCUCGGUAGAAAUUCAGUACAAGAUCGAGCUGGAUGUCGACGGACUGGAGGAUGGCCUUCCAAGCCAGAUGUCAACGAAAGAACGCCUUGAGCUCCUGCUUGACCGGAGACGGCGGUGGCGCAAGCUUGAUUGGGUGGAGCGAGUGACUGUGCCCUCUCCAAGGCUCUCACAUGCAUACGAGCUUGUGGGGGGCGUGUACGCAAAAGGGGCGCCAUUCGGGGAGACGAACGGCUCGCACGUGUUCUCGGCGACUUGGUUACCAUCGCGGAUGCAGGCCAUGCGGAAAGUUGAGAGGGACGAUGUAGGUGUGUCGAUGCGGGACUUUGCGCUGGACCCUUCGCAGGACCUGGUGGCGUUCUUCGCUGUGCCUGACCCCAGCGCGAACGGGCGACUGUUGGCGCAGGUGGCAUUACGGAAAUUGAGCACUAACGAGCCAUAUCCGGGUGUGGCGAGGAAGGUGCUUAGGGUGCUGUUACCUCCAUUUCUGCCAGGACACGCGGUCAUCCAGAUCGUCGACGAUGUGAUCGGGGUGUUCUCCCUGUCCGAAGAACGAGGGCUCGUCAUCUGGCACUGGCGCUCAGCUAGAGUGCUCGUUCAUCGAGUCGGAAAUGAGUUUCCGGAGUCCGUCUGUGACUUCGCCUUCCUAUCUAGCCGCGCAUAUGUCCUGACCACAACCAUGGAUCCCGGCACGGUGGAGGUGUACACCUUCGAGGACCACGCGGAACCGCCUGAACACGAGCCUGCACCACCGGCGCACGUCGCGACGCUGCAGCUCCCUCCGCUCGCCGAGGACAGCAUGCUCAUGUUCUUCACGACGCAUACGGGGCCAUUCGUGUGCAAUCCCAUCCCGGGGAAGCCAUUCCACGUUUCGCGCGACUCGUAUGUGCACAUGAUGUCGAUGGACUACCUCGCCGAGCGGUCAUAUCAUAUGAUCGUGCAUAAUCGGUUCUUGCUGUCGUUUGUGCCUCGAGAUGGCGUGAAGCUGCACUCGAAAGUGGAGCUGACAUGGAAGGAGUGGGGGCCGACGAAUACCCGGAUUAUUCGUAGGACAGGUAGCUAUCAGCUGCUCAGAUAUGUCCACGGUGCACGGAUAAUCCUCCCGCCCACACGCCAAGCGUCUGGCCAGCUUAUGCAAGUGCUUGACUUCAACGUGCACUCAAGACGCGUGAACGAUCCAGCCGCGGUGCAGGAUACACCAGACAACGAUCUGGUUUACGAUCUUGACGAAGGAUCAAGUACGGCUCGGGCAGGUGAUAUCUUUCAACAUGACGUUGUGACGAGCUUACCCUUUUCGACAACGACGCGGCGGGUGCAGGGCAGGCAUUCCGGGUUUAUGAUCGAUGACGAACGGAUUGUGGGGACCAAGUCGGGAUUUUUCAUGUACCCUAGUAAUGAUAUCGAUGUGUUCAUCUUCUGACCAUUUAGUCGAUAUAGCUUGCGCCAUUGCUUGAGAAGUUGAGGUAGUCUUGUAACGAUCGGCUUGAUUCUCACAAACAGCAUGACCCAAUUGCC